AUGCCGGGCUUGUGGCCACUCCCAAAGGGUGCGCAGGGUCAAUGUCCUCUGAAGGGACCCUGCUGGGCCACCUUGGGCUCCCCGCCCAGCUGCCCCUGCUGCUUCUGCUGCGGGCGUGGACACCCAACAUCCCACACCUCCGUCCACUGCCCAGAGCUGUGGCCCAGCCUAGCCAACUGCCAGCGUGUACCUUCGGGUGGGUGCAGCCCCCGUGCAUCCCUGAGAGGUCAGCUACCAACCACAGGCACAGCUUCCGCCUUUCCCCGGCCACCCAGCCAGUGCUGGGUCUGGUUCAACCUGGACCUGCCUGGCCACGGUCCACCACUGAAGGUCCUGUAUGGACACUUCACUCUUACCGUACCCUACCACACAGACUCGGACAUAACAUGUAGGGCUGGUUUGAGCCGUGACCCAGCCAGCUGGCCGGCACACCGGUCAGCCUCUCAGCCAAGAGUGAGCUGGUGGCCGGAUGGUGUCCACUGGAGGAAGGAUUUGACUAGAUACUUUAGGUUCACCUCUAAGUGGACAUGUGCAGGGGCUCCACAAGCCACUGCCCCACCGGUCAUGACCAAGUGGCUGUCCCAGGACAAGUUUUACCUGGCUUUUGACAACUUGUACCCCAACUGCAUCACAGAGAAGCCGUGGAAGAAUGCCCUGCAGGCCUGAACCUCGACCAUGGUGUUGAGCCCCAGCAGAAGCAACAAUUCCUGGCCCCAAUACCUUUAUCCACUUUACGGCUUCCAGAGUCCCAAGGAACUGGCCAGGUAUCUGCUAGUGGUGGACAAAGACCACACCCACUACCUGAGUUACUUCUGCUGGCAGGAGACACUGCAGCCUCCAUCCUUCUGCUGGGACCUGAUAUUUUUCGAGGCUUGCUGGAGGCUGCACCAGGAGUCCAGCCACACAGUGACCAGCAUGGCCUCCUGGUUCACACGGGCCGACCAGCCAGUGGCCUCACAUGCCAGUCACUUCUGA